AUGGACUUCUACGCUCCCCCACCUCCUCCUCAACCGAGGUUCAAUUCUUUCAAUGGACUAAAUCGAUCGUUCAAUCAACUUUACACUUCAUCACCUUUUCACCGUAGAGAUCCUCGACCAGGCAAAACAGCCAACGCAUCAAAAGCUACCUAUGAUAUAGCGAAGUACCAGUUCUGGCCAGAGGCCAUCGCAAUGGGUACUCUGACGGGUAGAACUUUCACUCAAAUCUUAGGGGCUGGCUGCGAGCAAGGCGUCAACUAUGAUGACUGGAAUCGUCAUGGAAAAUCAUUUAUCGCUUUCGACUUCAAGAAAGAACAACUAGUACUGAGAGCAGAAAUGAAACUUCCUCGAGACAAAUUACCACCAGCACUCGCUCCUCUAGAUGCCGAAUUAUCAUUUGACGAUAUCACUUCACACGGAUUCUACGUCACUUACGAGAUGGAGGGAGGAGUAUAUAACGUUGUAGUCACUGUAAGCUGUCGACGACCGCCCAAAUUCUACCUCAAAUUCGAGGAUGCCCACCUUCUACGAGAGACCGAUAGGAAAGGAUUCAAACAGGAUCGUAGGAGAGCCACCGCAAUGGAUUUUGCUAUAUCUACUGGCGUGCCCGAACGUGACGCUGGUCCGAUCAAGUCUAUUCCAGAGGGACCUUGUGGUUUCCCUACAUUUUGGAAUACCUAUAGAUGGACUUUCAAGAUGGACAGAAAUCAGUACAACACUCUCAUUGGUUGUACCCAGAGGAUCCGAGCGCUGGCAGAGAGCGAUCCAGAAAUGGAUCUCAUGUCAAACUUCAAAACUAAUACUAGGUGGCAAGUCCAAAAACUCGAUGCCAGUGCAAUGCAGCAGCUUUACGGUCCGCCCAAUCUAGACGCUAUACGAUUCUCUGCCCGAACGUUGAUCGAAGGUCUUAUCGCUCACAACAUCUUACGCCCGGCAGAUAUCAGAGCUCUGUUGAUUGCCCUUCAACAAGUGGCUGUUGUGCCUGUCUUCCAGGAUAAGAUAUUAGAGAGUUUAUACAGUUAUCACGAAAGGAUAAGGGAUGUAGCCGAAGUGGUAAAGAAAACGGCAACCUAUCUGAGAAAGAAAGAACGUCCAAAUCUCUCUCAUUUAGUCUUGAUUAGGACAGUGCAAGUGACACCUACGCGAAUACUCAUUGGACCACCCCAGCAAGAGCCAUCUAACAGUGUAACCAGGCAAUACAAAGAUCGUCUACAUGGUAUCAUCCGCGUCCAGUUUACAGACGAGGAGGAUAGACUAUACGUGGGAGAUCUGAAACAGAUGGAUAAUCUUCGGCCCGAGGUCGGUAUCAUGGCGAGAGUUCGUCGAGCGCUUCACCACGGUCUCGUCGUAGGUGGUCAAACUUUCUACCCAGUCGCCUCAUCAGCCUCACAACAGAAGGACCACGCCAUUUGGUUCGUAGACCAUAAGGUGAUCGACGGCCUUGCUUUGCGGAGAUGGAUGGGUAGCGUCACUGAAACGGUCAUUGCCAAACAUGCCGCCCGAAUGGGUCUGCCCUUCAGCACGAGUCGGAACGUCGAUAUCAAUAUCAAAAUUGGAAAUGAACUACCAGAUAUCAAACGGAAUGGUAGGACCUUCACAGAUGGUGUAGCUGUAGCCGGCCAGGACGUGCUUAUACAGGCGGCAUUGGCUCUUGGAGAACAAAAAGGUCUCAAUGCCAAACCUUCUGCUAUCCAGUUCCGACUAGGUGGAGCCAAAGGUGUACUAGCUUACUGGCCUGAUUUGGUCGAGCCUCAAGAAGUGCGUUUACGAAAAUCAUUGAUCAAAUUCGAUAGCGACUUGGCGGAUUUGAACGUCGUAAGAAUCGCCAAGUAUCAAGUGGCCUUUUUGAAUCGACAAUUCAUCAACAUCAUGUGUGCGAAUGGUGUGCCUAGUGAAUUGAUGGUAGAGAUCUUCCAGGAUGCAGUAGCUCACAUCAAAGGUCUGAAGGACCGAGUAGCUGCUAGGAAGAUGACCAAAGAUGAUCAUCAAUUGAUUGGAUUGUGCUCUGAUUUCCCCUUGACGCAGCUAAUCAAAGCUGGAUUUCAUAAAAACCCCUUUGUCCUUGAUAUAGCUUCUAUCAUCGAAUGUAGGGCUCUCCAAGACCUCAAGUGGAGAGCUAGAGUCAAAUUGCCAGGAGGAGUGUUCCUGAUCGGUAUCGCGGAUGAGACGGGGACUCUGAAAGAAGGGGAAGUCUUCUGUCAGUUUCAAGAGAAUGAGGAGGGGUCGAAGCCAAAAGUGGUCUUGGGUGAGGUACUCGUCUGUCGUGCUCCAGCUCGUGAUGUAAGACGUGCGCGUGCUGUAGACAAUCCCAGGUUGAGGCAUCUUCAGAAUGUCAUCGUUUUCAAUGUUCAAGGGGAAAGAGAUUUGCCUAGCAUGCUGGGAGGAGGAGAUCUAGAUGGUGAUGACUACACCUUGAUAUGGGAUCAACGAUUCGUCACAUCGCUCAACGUUUACGAACCAAUGCAUUAUGAGGCUCCGGCACCUAUCAAGGUCAACAAAGUCACCCAAGCGCACUUGAACGAGAAUUUCUGUUCAUACAUUUUGAACGAUGUCCUCGGUCAAGUCGAUAAUUGUCAUCUUGCCUUGUCUGAUAAGCUCACUCCGUUCCAUGAAGACUGUCUACAGCUGUCUGACAUCCAUUCUCAUGACUAUGUUAUACCCGACAGUGUGGACUUCGCUAAGACUGGUAUCGCCGCUACGCUUCCAUUCAGAUUAAGAGCAAGGGAGUGGCCUGAUUUCAUGGACAAGGACGAUGUCAAGAAAACCUAUACAAGUACAGGAGUCUUGGGUGAACUGUUCAGAAUUGUUCAGCCAGAUCCUCAUUUCUCUCCAUGUGAUAUCAGGAAGUUUGGUUAUCCUACUGAAUCUCGGAUCACUCAAUAUCCGGUUCAUACCAGUUUGCUAGAGCGACUCAAACCGGUCAAGGCUCAUUAUGAGAAGGUUUUGCAGUAUGACAUGAGGAGAUAUCGAGUAUUCGAGCCUGAAAUCCCGUCUGGUAUCGCUAUCAAGAACAAGCGAAGGAAGAGGGCCAGAGAUCAGAAUUUGAACGAACCAUUGAGAGAUACUUACAAUAUCCUCAUCACUGAGACCCGACAAAUGGCCAUGGAACGAAUAGCCGACAUCGAGUUCCGAACCAAGCUUACUCCCGCUCAAAUGGUUGCUAGACACUGUUAUGCCCUGACUUACGAGAAGGAACACGUUCAACAUUGGGAAAGAGAGUUAUCGAUGGGCAAUUACCAUGCGACGGUCAAGCAGGAGGACGAAGAAGUAUUUGAGGAAGAACUAAAGCCUAAACCGCUGAUCAGUUUCGCUUGGGUAUUCUGGUCCGAGUUGAUCCAGUUGGCUGGGAUGGCUGGUGAUGUUAAGAGUGAGAGAUGA